AUGCCGUCCCGCCCCGUCACGGUCGCGUCGACGCCCAUCAACUCGUUCCCCGCCGGCAAGACGUUCCAGGGCCAAGGCCUCCUGCCCAAGCUCCCCGUUCCGCCGCUCGAGGACACGCUCGCACGGUACCUCAAGGCUCUCGAGGCGCUCCAGUCGCCCGCCGAGCACGAGCGCACCAAGCAGGCCGUCAAAGACUUCCAGGAGCACGAGGGUCCUGAAUUGCAUCAUCGCCUCAAGGAGUAUGCGGCGGGCAGGGCGAGCUACAUCGAGGAGUGGUGGACCGAGAGCUACUUGAGCCAUUCCGAGUCGGUCGUCCUGUCCCUCAACCCCUUCUUCAUCCUCGAGGACGACCCGACACCUGCACGCGGCAACCAGCUCAUGCGCGCCACGUCGCUCAUCCUCGCCUCGCUGUCCUUCAUCCACGACCUGCGCACCGGCCAACUCGAGCCCGACCAGGUCCGCGGCACGCCCCUCGACAUGAGUCAGUACCAGAAGCUGUUCGGCGCGGCGCGCAUCCCGACGCGCACGGGCUGCAGGCUGCAGAUCGACCCGGAGAGCCGCCACAUCGUCGUCCUCUGCCGAGGGCAGUUCUACUGGUUCGAGGUCCUCGACUCGAAGCACCGACCCGCGCUCACCGAGCGCGCCCUCCUGUCGAACCUGACGGCCAUCGUCGCCGACGCCGGCCGCACGCCGCCGAACCAAGUCGCGCAGUCGGCCCUCGGCGUCCUGUCGACCGAGCGCCGGGCAACGUGGGCGUCGUGCCGCGCCGGCCUCAUGAAGAACGAGGGCAACGCCAUGUGCCUCGACGUCAUCGACAAGGCCUUGUUCGUCGUCGCGCUCGACGACACGAGCCCCGAGACGGCGAGCGAGAUGUGCAACAACAUGCUGUGCGGCACGUACAAGCUCGAGAAGGGCGUCCAGGUCGGGACGUGCACGAACCGGUGGUACGACAAGCUCCAGAUCAUCGUCGCGGCAAACGGCGCGGCGGGCGUCAACUUUGAGCACAGCGGCGUCGACGGGCACACGGUCCUGCGCUACGUCGCCGACGUCUACACCGAGCUCAUCCUGCGCUUCGCCCGCUCGAUCAACCCGGCCGCCGCCGGCCUCUUCAAGGCCAAGCUGUCGCCGUGGGCUAAGGGUGGACCGGGCAAGAAGGCGGCCCCGGCCGACGCCGUCAAGGACGGCGAGCCCGAGGAGAUCGACGUCGCGCCCAAGAAGCUCGAGUGGAUCAUGACGCCGGAGCUCAAGAUGGCCGUCCGCUUUGCCGAGACGAGGUUGUCAGACCUCAUCUGCCAGAACGAGGCGGUCGCGCUCGAGUUUGACGUGUACGGCAAGAACGCCAUCACGCAGCACGGCUUUUCGCCCGACGCGUUCGUCCAGAUGGCGUACCAGGCCGCCUACUUCUCGCUGUACGGCCGCAUCGAGUGCGUGUACGAGCCCGCCAUGACCAAGGCGUUCCUGCACGGCCGCACCGAGGCCGUCCGUUCCGUCACGCCCGAGUCGGUCGCCUUUGUCAAGACGUUCUGCUCCGAGGCGUCGCCGAGGGAGAAGAUCGACGCCCUGCGCAAGGCGUGCAAGGCGCACACCGAGCUCACGCGGCAGUGCUCAAAGGGCCUCGGUCAGGACCGCAUCCUGUACGCCAUGUAUUGCCUCGCGCAGCAGGCGCGCGAGAAGCGCCAACGCGCCCUGUCGAACGGCGACCUGCACGAGUCGUCGUCGUCGUCGAGCGAGAGCGAGUCGUCGGACGAGGCCGACGAGGUGAGCCUCAAGAUUGCCGAGCGCAUCCCCGAGCUCUUCAAGGACCCGGGCUACGCCCAGCUCGGCCACAGCACGCUCAGCACGUCCAACUGCGGCAAUGUGUCGCUGCGCCUGUUUGGCUUUGGCCCUGUCGUCGCCGACGGUCUCGGCAUCGGCUACAUCAUCAAGGACGACUCGAUCUCGGUCGUCGCCUCGUCCAAGCACCGCCAGACGCAGCGGUACCUCGACGCGCUCCAGGUCUACUUUGUCGAGGUGCACCGGCUCCUCAAGCAGCUCCACCAGGAGGCGACCCGCAAGCCCAACUCGCGCUUCGUCGACCACUUUGCAGGCGAGAUCGACGCCAAGACGGGCCAGCCCAUCACGCACCUGCACGCCGACACGCGGCGCGCCGAGGACGAGCUGUCGUACUCGGACGGGUACGGCUUCUACGGCGCCCUGACGUCGGACGUCGAGAAGGCGCUCAGCGACCGACACGGCGCGGCGGCCAAGGAGGGAGGGACGGCGGCGGCCAAGAGGAGGGGGAUCGUGCCCGGCACAAGGAUCCGGACGGUCGAGCUCUGAGAGGAGGCGGGUUCUCUUCCCUGUACAUCGAGAAGUGACCAAUGCAGUAACGAGUCGUUCCGUAGCUCUC